AUGACAAAGGAAGAAUAUAAGACAUCUAGUUAUAAAGCUGCUAUUAUUUCAGGAUCUCAUGAUGAAGGUAAAUUAAUUGAAAUUUCCUCCAUUGAAGCUGCUAAAAUCACUAGUAAGGAAAUCUUAGUGAAAUCAGUUGCUUAUGCUGUCAAUCCUACUGAUUGGAAACAUAUUGUGUAUGGUUUAGGUGCCAAAGGUUCGGUGGUUGGUUGUGAUGUAAGUGGUGUGGUUGAAGAAGUUGGUGAAGAAGUGGUUGGAUUUAAAAAAGGGGAUAUUGUUUCUGGUUUUGUUCAUGGUAAUGUUCAAACUAGAACUGGAGCCUUUAGUGAAUAUGUUAUUUUAAAUCCUAUUACUGUAAUUAAAUAUGAUGCAAGUAAAUUUGAUACUGAUAAAGUGUUAACUACUGGAAUUCAUCCAUCAGAUUUACUUACUACAUUUGAAGGGGCAGCCUCAGUUACAUUAGGAUUAGUUACAGUUGCUAUUAGUUUUAGUCAUUCAUUAAAAGUUGAUAUUGAAAAGAGUAAAAAUAGCAAUGAUUAUAUUUUAAUUUGGGGUGGUGCCACAGCAACUGGAGUUUUAGCUAUUCAAUUUGCUAAAUUAAUUUAUGGAUUAAAAGUUAUAACUACUAGUUCACCAAAGAAUUUUGAAUAUUUAAAAUCAUUAGGUGCCGAUGAAACUUUUGAUUAUAAUGAUAAAGAAGUAGUUUCUAAGAUUAAAUCAUUUGGUAAAGGAUCAAUUAAAUAUGGGUUAGAUACGAUUGCUUUUCCUGAAACUUUCCAAAGUUUAUAUGAUGCAACUGAAACUACAAAUCAAGUUCAUUUAGAUUCAUUAUUAGGAUUAACUGGAGAAUCAAUUAAGACUGAUGCCAGUAGAAAAGUAACUUAUGGUACUACUUUAGCUUAUACUGCAUUAGGUAAAGAUGUUACCUUGGGACCAAAAACCACUAAAUCCACUCCUGAAUUACAAGCUGAUUAUAAAUUAUUUUGGGAAACUGUAUUACCAAAAUAUAUUGAUCAAUUAAAGAGUAAUAAUUUAAAAGUUUUACCAAAAGGGUUAGAAUCAGCCAAUGAAGCAUUAGAAUUAUUAAGACAAAAUAAAGUUAGUGGUGAAAAAGUUGCAUUUAGAUAUUAG